UGACGUUGAGCGCCGCGCGUUGGAUUGUGGGACAGUGGAGCGGUGAAUGGUGGAUGACCACACAACCGCUGAAAUGGAUGUCUUCUUAAUGAUCAGGCAUCAAAAGACCACAAUCUUCACUGACGCCAAAGAAUCCACAACCGUUUAUGAGUUGAAACGCAUUGUGGAAGGCAUACUGAAGAGAUCACCGGAGGAACAGAGACUCUACAAGGAUGACCAGCCGCUAGAAGAGAGUAAGACACUAGGAGACUGUGGCUUCACGAAUCAGACAGCUAGACCACAGGCCCCUGCGACUGUAGGACUGGCCUUCCGGAUCACCGAUGAUGCGUUUGAGCCCUUGCAAGUGGAGCCGUUCUCCAGCCCUCCUGAACUUCCUGAUGUCAUGAAGCCUCAGGACUCUGGCAGCACAGCCAAUGAGCAGUUAGUACAGUGAGCGUGACCACAGAAUGAUUAGAGUAGCAUGAGCGUACUGAAAUAACACGUCAGGAUGAGUAAAGAUUUCGGGGAUAUAAGAAACCAAAAAGUUCACACCAGCCGUCACCCACCGCUGAACUAAAUCCAAUUUCAAAAUGUCCAGAGAAGCACCAAGAAAUAAGAUUACUGUUGUUGUUGAUAUGUAUGUUUACUUUAUUAUCUGGACUGACACGUUAUUCCGUCUCAAGUGACUGACCUCAUUUUGAAUGUCAAACUUGUUUUCUUUGCCUGAGUGAUAUUUGAUGCAUUGGAGAGAUGCUGUUUACAUCAUUUAUUAGAAAAACAAACUGAGGAUUAGCAGCACACAUGGCACAUGAGGAAUCUCUUUAAAUGCAGAUGUGCAUGUAUCAGUUUUAAUAAGAUAAAAUUGGACUCAUGCAGGAAACCUGUGUUAUCUAUUGAUGAGAGAAACUUUUCAGUUUGUUCUCUGUUCACCUCUGAAUGCCCUGCAGAUGAUCUCUAGUGUAAUUUGUUUUUUAUUAUGAUUAAAACCUUUAGAUAACAAGCUGCCCCUUACUCAGAGAUUAUUAAAUCACAAUUUUGCAUAAUCUGUGUUUGCAUUACAUUUUUCUCUUGAUUUCUGAUGGUGUUUCUUCUGUAAGCUAUCACAUUAGCCCUCAAACCAAAGGCUUUGCCAGUAGCGUUGCAGUUCAUUGUAACCAGUAAUCACUGUAUGUGCUUUUCAUUAGUUUGUAUGAAUGACUACUCAAAAUGGAAAUGCUAUACUGAGACCAACAAGAGAGGUCAUUGAGGGUUUGGACACUUAAACGGUUUGUAAAUCUUGGUGUCUCUAUUCGGCCCCAUUUCGUAAAACCAUGUUUAUUGCAGAAACAUGUACUUGUCAAAUUAACAUACAAACCAACUGUGAAAU